AUGCGUUUCAACUCUCUCGUCUCCGCGGCCUUCGUCGCCGCGUCCGCGGUGGCCUCCGAAAUCGAAAUCACGAACGUCAGAGCCAAGACGCUGGCCAACUACACUCUGACCUUCGAAUUCGACAUCAUCAACAACGCCAAUAACCAAUCAGCACACUGCAAUGCUGAGUGGGAUGACAACAAUCCCGAUUUCAAUGCCGUUUGCUCUUCUCCCUUGUACAACGCGACCAUCCACUUUCCCACCGGCUAUUCUGGCAUCCAAUACUGGGCCACGUUCAUCGGUAUCAUGGACCGCGACCACCGAUUCAUGGCUACUGUGGAAACUGGCUCGCCUGGAUACACUUGUGGCCACUCAGGUACCGAUGGUGUUCUCGGAAUCUGCCUGACUGAGCCCAAUCUCCAUGUCGAAACCGUUGAGGUUUGA